AUAGUUGUAUUUAAAAUGCCAGUUAGUAACUUUAGGUAUACUCCAAUUCCCGAAGAAAGGCGAGUACAUCACGAUUUCAAGAACGUGAAUGAAACCGUUGUCAUACCCAAAUGGGCAGGAUAUGCCGUUCAUGAUUUCGGCACAAAAGUGGUGGCGUAUGAGGAUCGUGAAAAUUGGGGCGCGAUAUUGAAAACCUUCGGAAUUGCCAUGGCCAUGUUAAUUAUUAUUAUUGUGGUACUGCUGAUUGGGCUGAUCUAUUUAUGUUUGCGCUGCAAAGGUUAUCUAAAUCCCAUCAGAGACUAUGCCGAGAGAAGUAAUCAAAGAUGUGUGCGCUGCAUUUUAACGCUGUUGAUGCUCCUUUUACUGGCCGGUCUUCUCUAUUUUGUGAUAAUGGCUAUAAAAAACACGGUCUCCAAAAGGCGCAUGCAAGAGCAUCAAAAUUCCAAGACAAGAGAUGGUUUCCCUUCCUCGGUGGCCGCUCGGCAAUUAGAUCACGUUUUCGGAUUGAAUUAUGAGGAGUUCCAAGCCCAAGCUCGUGAUUCGGCUAAUGAUUUAAUCCGCAAUUGGACUGGAGCAACGGAAGUUGUAACCGACGAAUCGAAAACUCUCUGCCCGCCUGCUGAGAAUAUAACCGAUGUAAAUAAGCGAGUAGCGCAGGUCAAUAACGAGUUUGAGCUAUUGUGUUUUGGAGUCUUGGAAUGGAGUGACUAUAUGCAUUUUUUCUAUCGAAAUAUGACGAUGUUCAUGGCUGAAACCGAUGAUGGUCGCAAAGUAUUAAAAGAAUUAGAUUUUCCGAACUUUCUUUUAAAAACGAUGCAAGUGGAAAAGCUCUUGGAUUUCUAUCGCAUCUUCAGUAUUGUGGACAAAUUCUUUCACUCAUUUUCGAAGCUUUACAACACGACCAUAAACUGGUCAGAGAAUUUACAAAGUAGAACCCAAAAAGCAUUAUCUCCGUAUUUUCUAGAAAUAACAAAGGAUUUAGGCGAUAAAGGGGGUCAAUUUCGAUCGCUUUCAACGACACUUGCCAGCAGACCACGUGGAGAUGACACCGACGAUGCAGAUUAUGAAAGGGCCGGCAAGGAAGAAGAGGAUGAUAAGGCAAAAGAGCCGCUAGCGAUUUUUAUACUGGAUAUUAUAUGCUAUGCACUUCUUCUAUUGAUAACUGUAGUAUUAUUAAUUGCGUUGCUGCUAAGAUGUUGUGGCAAACGUUAUAGAAGUGAAGCCAGAUGCUGCAAUCAAGAAAAUGGCUCCUGCCUUUUCCAAUUCGCUGCUUUUUUGAUGUUCUUAUUUCUGCUACUCGUGUUGUACCCGUUUCAGUGGCACUUUGUCCAUGGUGCUGGCCGCUAUAACAGUGUCUGUACAAGAAACGACACACAUAAAUACGAACGCGCCUUGGCAAAUAUUGAAGACACUUGCUUAGACGAAACAACAUUUAAGAAGAUCCUCGAUGAUCAUGUCGAUAGACAAAUUAAGUUUAAUAUUUCAAAUAAGAGUACUGUUGAAGAUGUGAAACCAAAUGCACCAGAAUUACAAAAGUACACAAUAAAUUUCAAGCAAAGCGCGAGAACGUCAAAAUCGCUCGAUCUCAAAAACAUGUGUGAAGAUAUUAAGAAUAGAACGGACCCGAAACACUUAACUGAGGUUUAUACAAAAAUGCUCAGAUACGCCAACGGCGAUAUGCCCGAUAAUCAAGUGAAGAUGCUGUCUCAAUGCAAUUUGGGAAGCUUUAAGAAGCGCAGAAUAGACGAAUACAAACAGAGUGUAAUCUAUAAAAGUGCCGAGCGUUUGGCCAGCUAUUGCAACAGGGUCGUGGAGUUCUUUACAGAAAAUUAUGCCAAAAUUACCGGUGAAUGUCUAAAUGGUAUCGAGAGUUUGAAAAACAAUUUUUCCAAACAAAGUAAACAAGAGUUAAGUGAAAUAAUGGCGGGCUUGGACAACAUGUACGCCAAAGAACUGGACGGUUAUGUCGACAUGGCAACAGAUAGGGUGGUUAAUAAAGUUACUUUGUGUCGCAAAGUUUCGUCUAGGUCAGCUGAUCGUAUGAAAAUGGACUGUGAUGCACAUACAGAUUUACAGAAUGUUUCGUGGAGUGCUUUUUUGAUGUUGAUAUGGUUGAUAUUGCCACUAAUUCCCAUAGCACUUUACCUAGCCAGAUUGUUUGGCACGUCCAGCGGCAGUUGCUGUUCGUGCGAGCAAAGCGGAUCAGGUGCCGCAGGCCGACGGAAUGAUAGAUGGAAUACUGAUUCGGUAAUGGAUGAGAUGCAGCGUCACUUAUAUAAAUCUCUUUGCGAAGGUUCAGUAAGAUCGGGCCCUUCGAAUGGUCGAUGUGACUGCAAAGCAGCGCGGGCAGCUUAUAUGCAGGGGCCAAGCUGUGCACGAAGGUGCCUUGACGACGGCAGCGCUAACUUAGCUAUGCUGCAACAAGCUAACACCCUUUUGCUUAAAGCAAAAGUCUGUAGUGAAUCUACAGAGCCGGAGAAAAGAGGUAUACUUAAACCGAAACAGAUCAAAGAACCGCAAAGACCAACGACUUCUAAAGCAAUUCGCUCCAAAAGAGCACAACAAUUAGCAAAUGAUAAUAAAUUCGAAACAUUCUCUUUUAGGAAAUGCGUUUGCGAUAGAAAUGUUGCAAAAAUGCCGAAAGGCCCUACCAGUUCAAUGGCAAGCAACCGACCAAAAAAAAGAAUGAGAAAUGUUUGUGAAACCCUGGAAGAAAUUGUCGAAGAGUCGACGGAUAACGGGAUGAAUGGAUUGGAAAUAAAUGCUUCUAUUCAUAUAUUAACUUUUAAUAAAAAAAUUACUUAAU